GAAUGAGUAAAGAUUUUUGUUUAACGAUUUCAUUUUCGUAAAUAUACAUUUCAGCAAAUUUAUGAAGACCAUAGAUGUACUGUCUUUUCGGAUUAUUUUUUGUCCCUAUAGUUUUGAGCUCUACAAUUUCUAUUUCAUGGCAGAAUCAUCACUCACAAGCAGAUAUUGAACGCAUAAUCAACAGAGUUAUCGAGAAAUGCCCCGAUAUUUCUUAUGCUUACUAUUUAACAACUGGUCGUAUCACCACAACACCGAAUUUAAACAGACUAUUUGUGAUAGCUUUCGGGAAGUAUGCCAACACAUCUGUGAAAGGUAUACCGGAGUUCAAGUAUAUUGCCAACAUGCAUGGAGAUGAAGUUGUUGGAAGAGAGCUGUUAAUACGUUUGGCCGUCUACCUGUGUGAUGAAUUUACCUCACAAAACACAUUCGUCCACAAACUGCUUAACCGAACGAGAAUCCAUAUUUUGCCCUCAAUGAACCCGGACGGUUGGGAAAUCGCCGCAUCUAACAAAAAAUUUCAUGAAUUAGGAAGAUGCAAUUCUAGAAAAGUGGAUCUCAACAGGGACUUUCCUGACUUGACAAAAAAGUUUUAUAUGAAUCUGCGUAAUGGUGGACCUUUGGACCAUUUACAACCUGAUGAAAUCGAUGUGGAGAAGGCGCAAGUAGAGACAAGAAUGGUAAUGGGAUGGUUAGAAAAAAUCAAUUUUGUGCUGGGUGCUAAUAUACACGGUGGUGAUUUGGUUGCAAAUUAUCCGUUUGACAAGUCAAUUACAGGGAAUUCUGCCGAAUCUAUUACACCAGAUAAUCCUACUUUUGUUGAGCUAGCAGAAUCUUAUGCUGAUCAUCAUCCACGAAUGAAAAAAGGGAUUAAAAAGUGCUAUGACUCCGAUAACCAUUUCAGUGAUGGCAUUACAAAUGGUGCAAGAUGGUAUUCGUUAAAUGGAGGAAUGCAAGAUUACAAUUAUCUGCACACGAAUAGUUUUGAAAUAACUUUGGAAUUAGGUUGUGAAAAGUAUCCCAACGCUUCCGAAUUACCAAGAUAUUGGAAUGAAAAUAAAAUGUCACUGCUCAACUAUAUUUUGCAAACAAGACUAGAAAUUUUGCCAGACCAAAUAAAAGGACCAGGGAUCGUAAUGCUAAACACGGGCGACUCAACAAUAAGACGAACAUUGUUCUGGAUGACCAAAUAAACUCAAAAAAAUUAGAUGUACGUAAAGGCUUUACAGAGAGGGUGGAUCGUCAACUGAAUAUGGCACUAAGAAAAGCAGACAUUCUAGUUUUUACUUAUGAUGUACUUGAACCCUUUAGAACACACUUCAUGAUUUUAGAACCUGCUGAAGACUCACAUAUCAGGGGUACCACUAGGUCCGUCUCAACAUUUCAAGCUCAGCACUUAACAACAAAAUAGUGAUAGUGUUGAAAUCACUACAUAUGUAUUCGUUGAAAUGCACUGCAAAAAGUGAGUUUUAAUUCGCAGACUUGAUGUAAGUUAUGAAUCCAAGGAAUAUUAUGCUGACCAUAAUUAUCAAUUACCUAUGUUAAAAAUUGCUACGAAGAAAAAAUAAUUAUCUCGAUGCCAGUAGUGGGAAUAAAAGUGGUUCUACUAAAACUCAAAGAAUAUCGACACUUUAAACAUUAAUACUAGUGCCACGAUCGUGUGUGACAAAACGAUCAGUUAGUUUUAAUCUAUGGACAUACACACGUUUAAUUAUCCGUCUCCAGCAAUCAGAUUCAUACGGGAUUAACGUGAUAAUAUAAUGGACGUAGUCUUGGUUAGCGUAAAAUGAUUUAUUGUAUUAUGAAAGAGUAUACAACGUAUUUGUUAAACAUCGAAACAAUACAUUGAAUAUUUCAUUUGGACACCUUCCUUGGAUUGCCUCUUAGAAGUUCCAUCGUCGUCUUACCCUUGCUGUUACUAUAACCGCUUGUGCUUUUCUUCUCAUAUUCAUCUGUCAGUAAGAAUCCUGCUUUAAAAUCCCGAUAUAUACUACUUAUCUAUGUUCGUAUAAAUAGCACAAACCACAAUAAUAGCACAAGAUUUAUCGAUAUCUACCUCUUUAAAAGGUUAGAUGAUUUCAUAAACAGGACUACAUCUAGGGUAGAAACUUGGACUGGUCAGCAUUCACUUUCAAAGCUUUACUCCUUUUUAGCGACAAAUAAAUAAGUGCAUCAGUUACGGAAUCGGCAUUAGAUAUUUUGAAGACAAUUUAUAAGCAGUAGAAAAUCAAACUUUACUGUAAUGAUUGUCCUAUUAACAUGAGAAGCUAUGUCUCCGAAAAUUAAUAUUACGAAUUUAGCAUUAUUAAUUAAAUUACCUUUUGAAAAAUAAUAUAUUGCUGCUUUUAUCGUUGCUGUAUAUUUCAUGUCAAGGUCCAUAGAGGUAUUAAAGGCACUGUAUAUGGAUAUUUGGAAAAUACACACAUUCCAAUAGAAUACGCAAUCAUCAAGGUAACAAAUAUAACUGAUCCAACUAGUCGCACUCCCAUACUUCACAACGUAAAUACAGAUCAAUUUGGAUAUUAUUAUCGACUUCUUACAGAAGGCAAAUACAUAGUUACCGCCUCAGCUGACGGUUUUAUAUCAUCUAUGGCUUGUGUUGAUGUACAACACACACCGUCUAUAAAUGCACCAUUUGUUGAAGCACAGCAAGUAAAUUUCCUACUAUUACCAACAAACUUCAAAAGAUAUAAUGAAUUAAACAGUAUUACAAUCCCACUCGUUUCCAAGAAAUUUCACGUCAGCGGUUAUCUACAUGAUAAAUUAUGCUUAAAACAGUAUAAUGAAAUUAUGAAUAUGAUACCACAAAACACAUGGGUCGACGAAGACAGUUUAGCUUGAGAUUACUCAUACCUUACGGACAUAUCAAUUUUAGAAAAUACAGAGAAUAUAUCAAAUUAUAAUCAUAGAUUAAAUGUUCUAUUAAAUAUAAUUGUCCAAUACUCAUCU